UAACCGGUGUUGUCACGGGAACUCCAGAGGAAGCGAGAGACGGAAGGGAAGCGUGCAAGAACUACGACACAAAUACAAAUAGGAUAAUAACUUAAAGCUUUCUUUCUUCUAUUUGACACGAGAAAGACAAGUGCAUUGCAGCUGGACAUCAUUCCAGUACUCUAAUAGUUACUUCAGAGCCUGGGAAAGGGCUGCUCAUAAAGAGGAGAGAAGACAGGAAGUAACAGGUUUGGACAUUGCAGAUAUCUCCAGCAGUUAACUAUGGGAUCCCGGAAGAAGGUUCUUCUAAAAGUUAUCAUACUUGGGGAUUCUGGUGUUGGAAAGACAUCUUUAAUGAACCAGUAUGUUAACAGGAAAUUCAGUAAUCAGUACAAAGCUACAAUAGGAGCUGACUUUCUUACGAAGGAGGUGAUGGUUGAGGACAGACUUGUUACUUUGCAGAUAUGGGACACGGCUGGACAGGAAAGGUUUCAGUCUCUGGGGGUGGCAUUUUAUCGGGGUGCUGACUGCUGUGUGCUGGUGUUCGAUGUUACUGCUCAGACCACAUUUAAGACUCUGGACUCCUGGAGAGAUGAGUUUUUGAUUCAGGCUGGUCCUCGUGACCCAGACAACUUCCCUUUCCUGGUCCUAGGCAACAAGAUUGAUCUAGAAAACAGGCAGGUAACAACAAAGCGAGCACAGGCAUGGUGUCAGAGUAAAAACAACAUCCCGUACUUUGAGACCAGUGCAAAAGAGGCCAUCAAUGUUGAACAGGCAUUUCAAACCAUUGCAGGAAAUGCUCUAAAACAGGAAACAGAAGUUGAGCUUUAUAAUGAAUUUCCAGACCAUGUUCAGUUGGACAAGAACACCGACUCCAGCUCAUCAGCACAAAGCUGCAGCUGCUAACGCUUGUGUGUGUGUGUAUAUAUAGACACUAACAAGCUCGGUUAAACAAAAACAGAUUUGCACGCUCUACUUUUGCUCUUUUUGACUUUUACUUCAGUAAACACCGACCCCCACACUCACAUAGUAUAUGUAUGUAUGUAUAUACAGUAUAUGCCAAAAUGAUUGAAGUUUUAAAUUUAAAGGAGAUACGCAGAACCUUUUAUUUUUAAAUACAUUUCUGAGUGGAUAGUAUCUCCGUCCUUGACUCUUGUAUGCUGCAUAAAUGGGAAUUAAAAAAUAUAUAUUUUUGAGAGUUAAAAUCGACCGCAAAGUUGGCAUUUGAUCUGCCCCGCUGAGCCAGCCAGCCCUGAGUGCGUGACGUCACAGCGGUAACCGGUUUUAAGGCCAAGGCCUUUGACAGCUAUAGACCAAAGUCAUAUAAAUAAAAAUUUAUGGUGAAAGUAAGAAAUGGCAUUACCAACUUGCUCAACUAAGACUGAUUUGACUUCACUGAUUGUGGGUUGACUCUCAUUAAAACAGGAGAGGUGUUAUAACUUAUGCAACAUACAUGUACAUGCAUGCAUUUUCACUGAUAAAACAUAAAAGGCUAAUUAAAUAAUCCGAUGAACUGAGACAAUCACAUUCUGAAGCAAAUUAAAUAAUCUUAUACUGGUAACUUAAACAUGCAAUACAAUUUACAUGUAUUAAUCUAAAUGCAGGUAAAUAAUGAGUGUUGUUGUUUUGUAUCCAAAUGAGAGUUGGAGCUUACCCAUCUGUGUUCUCGCUUCUUGAAGGCCAACCUUGUGGCCAAUUGUUUUGAAACAAUCUCAUUUUCAGUUGUUCGUUCAGUUCUCCAUUCAUUCGCUUCUUCCACGUAAGCAUGAGAUGUUGCUGCUGAGGCAAGUAUAUCCAGCAGAGAAAUCAGAUGGCUGCUCCACUCAUUCUCCAUAUUGAGUACUUCGCUGUUACUGCUCGGCUCAGGCAAUUACUAAAACAUGGGACGUCACUGGUUUUAGCAACAACCGCGGGGAGGUCUCUGCCCGAGCGAUAAUAUGUCGCGUCACGUUCCAUCCCGGGUUUUACCAACAACCCUCAGCUCACACUCUGGGAGAACUGGUGCAACUGAACUUACUUUCCUUUUCUUGUAGUUUUCUUUUCCUUUAAUUGUUGGUACUGCACCCUCUUUCAGUACGGGCUUAUAGCCAACGCUCCUCAACAGAUCAGAGGUCUCGUACGAGUCUUCAGUAAAAUGUCCAGAGCAGAGACCACUUCGUAGGCACCCAAUGUGCCCGUGAACAACUCGCAAAAUGCGUCUAAAUCUUUGCAGUUUGAACAUUCUUGGGCUAUGAAUGCAACAUAAAUCCACCUUCUGUCAUGUUGCUGCACCCGCCAGCAACAUGUCUAUGUGGCAUGGCGAUAAAUUAGCUCAAAAUGGAGGAUCGGAGUUGCAGUCAACUCUGUGUUUUAGUAUAGCGGAAAUGGCGAUGAGACCGAUAGCCUUCCUGCUGUGACGUCACAGAUUAAGGUUAUUCACUCAGACCGCUACCUAUAUGAAUCAUUUUUAUUGUAAAAAUUACUAUAUUAGAUUUAUUGUUAAUGCUUAAAACUGUUCCUAUGCCAUUCUGGAGGUUUCAGGGCAUUUAUAAACAAAAAGUGAGGCCAUGGUUCUGCGUAUCUCCUUUAAGGAAUAUUUUAAAUAAAUGCAAACAAAUCAU